AACAGUUGAUCGGAUCGGCGAAAGAAGAAAGUGAUCAUCUCUGCUACCGAUCAUAUCGGACUCAGUCGAUAAGUGGACGUGCUUACUCAUUACGCAUUUAAUUUUGAUCCGUGCUGGUGAUUUACUGUACAACACUCUAAAUUUUGAACAAAAUUUCAACUCUGGUUGACAUUAGAACUUAGGCUUUUGCCUUCUAACAAAGGUUGCGGUUUUGCGCGGGCGCGGAAGACAGAGAGCAGGCCAGGAUCCCAGACGGCGGCGGCGACCAAGUGCGAUCAUGAUCAGCCCGAGCGAGGAGUCGCGGACCUUCGGAACGAAUCCUCUGCGAGCGGCCGUCGAUGCAGAACCGGAAACCCGGCAGACGCCAGAGAUCAACAACAAUGACAAGAAAAUUGGGCACAGUUGCUUCAUGGAAAAGUACUACCGGAGCAAGGAGGAGGGCACCCAGUGUGAGGAGUGCCAACACCACAACGCUCCCCAGGACGCGGCCCUCCUCAGACCCGUCGGCAAGUUCAUCGAGGAGGACUACGCCCAGCUUUUCAGGGAUCGGCUCAUCAUAGACGAACAGAACGAGCCCAGGCUCAAGUACGGUAUCAACACGCUCUACGACUUGAUGAGCGAACUCAGGAGGGCCUUCGAAACGGAGCACGUCAACAUCCAGUACGUCAGCGCCAUCAUGGCUGCCUACAAGAGCAACCCCAGGGAGUGGGAGAGAUUCGCCAAAUUCGACAAGUACAGAUACACAAGAAAUUUGGUGGACGUUGGGAACGGAAAAUACAAUUUGAUGUUGCUGUGUUGGGGAGAGGGACACGGCUCGGCGAUCCACGAUCACGCAAACGCUCACUGUUUCAUGAAGAUGCUCCACGGUGAACUAUGCGAGACGCGCUUCGAGUGGCCUGAAAAAGAGAUCGACCCCGACAACAUCUCAGAGGGAGAGGAAGCAGCCCUCAAAGAGAAAGGCCGAACCAUACUUCGACAAAACCAAGUCUGCUACAUCAAUGAUUCACUGGGACUCCACCGCGUCGAGAACGUGAGCAACAGCGAGCGGGCUGUGAGUCUCCACCUCUACUGCCCACCGUUCGACUCCUGCUCAGUAUUCAACCAGCGGACUGGCCACAGGUCCACGAGUAAAGUCACAUUCUGGUCGAUCUACGGAGAGCGCCGCAAUAAGAAAUUGAUGGAAGACGUAGAGCCAGAGGACAAUUGAUGCAUCGCGAAACCCGGUUGUGAUAAUUCCUAGUUCCAGUUCAGGGACAAUAUGCCGUCCAUUUCCUGAAUACCUACCAUUACCUACUACACUACCUACUCAGUUUCAUACUCCCUAUCCUCAGAACGAGGAUAUAUUGCUGGAUAUCUUUAUUUUUCUUGACACUUAGAAUCAAGGUGGGAGGUGUAUUUACGUAUAGAGAAAGAGAGAAAGGUGGGGGGGGACGGAGGGUGGAAAAUAUGUAUUGUUACUCUCGUGGAGGGUAGGUUUACCAAUUAAGUGUUAUUUAUGAUUGUAAUUUUACUGUGCGCCUAUUUAAUUGUUUCAAUUUUAGCUCGGUGUAGAUAUUUUGGGGCCAAUUUUUACUGGUGUCCAAAUAAGCAAAAAAAUAUUACUCCACCGUACCACUUCCUUGACUAUAUAUUCAUUUUUGUUGAAUAAAAUUACGUUUUCGUUUAUAAUAA